UUCAACAUGUCAGCCCCCAUCUUGAGGUUGACCCGAUAGACGAUAGCAAAGAGUCUACAAAUAGCAACUAAGUUGAGCAGUUCAGCAUUGAGUCUCAGAUUGUAUACUACACAUGAUACUCCGUAAAAGAUGAGGAAUCUGCAGGUUGGACUGCUAAAUCGUUUAAAGGUCAUACCCAUUUUGCCUUGUUCAAAAUGGACUCUUCGAUUCAAAGGCUCAGUCUCAAAACCAGAGAAAAGCAAGCGCUACGCAAAUACACUGAAUCUCCCACAAACUUUGUUUCCACUUUCAAUGAAGCAUGGAGCAGCGGCUCAGAGAGAGCUAGAGAUACAGAAGACCAAGGAAUUCCAGAAUCUCUACUAUUGGCAGAGACAACAGAACUGGACAGAAGAAUUUGUCCUCCAUGACGGACCCCCAUAUGCCAACGGAAAGACUCAUGUUGGACACACCGUGAACAAGGUGUUGAAAGAUAUCACCAACAGAUACAAAGUGAUGAAAAAAUGCAAAGUCCACUAUGUUCCUGGAUGGGAUUGCCAUGGGAUGCCUAUUGAGGUCAAGGCCAUCACCGAUGACAUGGGGCAACAUCAGAAGCUUUCACCUUUAGAAAUAAGGGCGAAAGCCAAGAAAUUUGCAGAGGGAGUGAUCCGAGAACAGAGGAAAUCUUUCAUGCGAUGGGGCAUCAUGGCAGACUGGAGUAAGUCCUACCUGACCAUGAAUCCUCAGUACCAAGAAAAACAGCUGGAAGUUUUCUACAAAAUCUAUCAGAAGGGCUUUGUGUACAGAAAUUACAUGCCAGUCUUCUGGUCUCCAUCUUCAGGGACAGCUCUAGCUGAAGCUGAGCUGGAGUACAACCCAGAGCAUGUGAGCAAAUCUGUGUACCUGACAUUUCCACUGCUCACCCAGCCAAAGGUAGAACAGCUAGACAAAG